AGCCGCGUCGCGCCGAACACCUGCACUGCACUGCACCGGCCCACGCACACUCCCCUCACCGCUCCCGCUCGCUCCCCAGAUCUGAGCCCCCUCCCGAUCGCGCCCCGUCUCCCCCAAUCCGUGCGGGCAAACCCUAACCCCGCGCGAUCUCAAUGCGCAGGGGCCCCGGCGGCGAGGCGUCGCUCCGCCGGCGCCGCGGGCCGGCGCGGCUCUGGGUGGCCGUGGCGGCGCUGGUGGCCGGCACUAUCUGGCUCUGCUCCUCCUCCUCCGUCGGCCUGCUCGGCGCCUCGUACAGGGUCCAGGAUGUUGAUGUAAAUAAGUUGUGGAGAACUGCAGAUUCAAAUGGUUGGAGAGCAUCUUCCGCACCACGCACCUAUUGGCCUCCCCCACCAACUGAAUCUGAGAGUAGUGGGUACUUGCGCGUCCGGUGCAACGGUGGCUUGAACCAACAACGUAGUGCAAUAUGUAAUGCUGUUGUUGCUGCACGAAUCAUGAAUGCUACACUAGUCCUACCGGAGUUAGACACUAAUUCGUUCUGGCAUGAUGAGAGUGGUUUCGUAGGCAUUUAUGAUGUUCCCCACUUCCUCAAGACAUUGAAAUAUGAUGUUAGAAUUGUUAUGAGCAUUCCAGAAAUCACUGCAAAUGGAAAGACCAAGAAGCUCAAGGCACAUCAGAUUCGACCACCUAGAGAUGCACCAGUAUCUUGGUAUGCAACAGUUGCUUUGGAGAAGAUGAAGAAAUAUGGGGCUGUAUAUUUAACUCCAUUUUCACACCGUUUGGCAGAAGAUAUUGAUGAUCCAGAGCUUCAGAGAUUGAGAUGCAGGGUGAAUUAUCAUGCACUACGAUUCAAGCCACAUAUCAUGAAAACAAGCAGUGAGAUAGUGAACAAGCUCCGCUCAGAAGGCCAUUUCAUGUCAAUUCAUCUUCGUUUUGAGUUGGAUAUGCUUGCAUUUGCUGGGUGCAUUGACAUAUUCACACCUCAUGAACAGAAAAUUCUGUUGAAGUACAGGAAAGAACAUUUUGCAGAAAAGUUACUUGUCCCCAGGGAGAGAAGGCUCAUUGGAAAGUGCCCUUUAACUCCAGAAGAGGUAGGUCUUAUUCUACGUGCUAUGAGAUUUGACAAUACAACACGCAUUUACCUUGCUUCUGGUGAGCUUUUUGGUGGGAAACGCUUCAUGAAGCCAUUCAAGGCUAUGUUUCCACGCCUAGAGAACCACAGCACGGUUGGACCUGGAAAACUGGAAGAAAAUACCCAAGGGCUAGCGGGAUCGGCAGUUGAUUACAUGGUCUGCCUGCUGUCAGACAUUUUUAUACCCACAUAUGAUGGCCCAAGCAAUUUUGCAAACAACCUCAUGGGCCACCGCAUGUACUACGGUUUCCGGACCACAAUCACACCAAACAGGAAGGCCCUUGCCCCCAUAUUCAUCGACAGGGCACAAGGCCGUACCACUGGCUUUGAGCAGAGGAUCAGGCAAGUUAUAUUCAACACACAUUUCGGCGCCCCCCACAAGCGAAUCCAUCCAGAGUCUUUCUACAAAAACUCAUGGCCAGAGUGCUUCUGCCAGACGAACGCUAGGAACCACGCGGACCGGUGCCCACCUGAUAACAUAAAUGAUGUUCUUGAAAGUCAGUUCCAGAGCGAAGAAGAAAUCGAAGAAGCGAGAACCACUAAUCAGACUGACUCAACCGGCCAAACAGAAGAGACGAUGAUUUAAGUCAGGUAGCUAAGGAUUAUUACUUGAGAACAUAUUGGACACUUGGACCAUUCGAAGCAGGCCAGGAUGACAUUUUGGAGGAAUGGAUCCAUUGAUGGAUGAUGAUCAAAUAUGGGCUAUUCUGUUUGAUUGGAGCUGUUGAUAUGUUAAGGUUGUUAUCCAGGGAGGGUCAAACCAGAUUUUGGUUACGUCUGGUCAUAUAGGGUUUUGAUGGAGCUGUUAGAUUGGAUAUGUCGAUAGUUGGUUUUGAUGGAGCUGUUAGAUUGGAUAUGUCGAUAGUUUUCACCUCAUUGACGAGUGCAGAGUGUCGUGGAUUAUGAAACCUUAUGCAUAUCGAUAGCUUUCGCCUCAUUGACGAGGGCAGAGUGGUGUGAAUUAUGUGGCAACAACAAUAUUCGGGAGCCUUUACAUGAUAUGCUAUAUCGGACUGUUUAGUGGCUCCGGUUCUACCA